UGGUGGGGAAGUGGAAUUUGAUAUGAAAUUCUGGUAUAAAAUGGUGUCAGAUGCACCACGAUUCAUCAGAAUAUCUACAACUUUCACAUGAGAUACAUUUCAGAGAUUCUAGACGUUCAACGGCAAUCCACACCAGUCGAACAUUCCCGCCAUAACACCUAUCGAUAUCUUAGCCACCUACUAUCGCAUUAUCGCUGAUCAUGUCGUCUGCUACAAAGGUUGCGUGCUUGGUUGCAAUUACCUUGAUGUAUACCACACCUCUAUUUGGAUUUGUGGUAAACCACAAAGCAAUGACAAUUGAACCAAUCGACUCAAGCGGUGACAAAUUUGAUACGGAGACCUCAAAUCUAUCUACGACUCCAGAAUUCUCAUCAAGAUCAAACGGGUCCAUCUCUGUCGAUUUACAGUCAUCGUCACUGCACACCGAAGAAAACGUCACGGUUGAUGCGCAACGCGACCAACCAAUCAGAUCCUCGGAUGGAGCUGUGCACACGGCACGCAAAAGGUCCGCCGAGUGCAGAGAGCCGAGCACGGCCGCCCUCGAAGUGCAGUUGCAGCUAUUCCGAAGUGGCUUCGUGACAACCGAAGCACCGACGGGAGCAUUCGCCGCUGGCGAGAACCCUCUUACAUACCUUACGAAUUUAGGGAUUCCACUCUUUUGGGAUGGAGAAGAUUGCCGACUGUCUCCAAUCAGUCUCAGGGAUGUCUUCCCGAUGACCAAUAUAGAUGGACGAGCAGCGUGCCCGUGGAAACUUGUUCAGAACUCGUCUCAGAUCAGGUACCCACGUGACCUGUUGUUUGCCCAAUGCGCAUGCAGGAAAUGUACAUCAUUCGUGUUUGAAGAAUUCAGUGAGGUUAAUUCUUGCAUACCAUUGGUCCGUGAUGAACACGUGUUGAAAAAGACAGGAGCCUGUGUAGAUGGUGAAUACGUGUACGAGCCUGUAAUGGAGCCUAUCCCAUUCGCCUGUGCGUGUAUACGGCCACGAACGCGCCCGGGUAAUAUGAACUCUAACUAACUUCACAUCCCCUCGAUCGCCCCGAAGAGGGCGUUUGUUGAAGCGUGUGCCUUUAAAUCCUCAAAAUGGCGUCUCUUUGCUCGAUUUCGGUUCCGUCUUAGGGAGACAAUUCAAGUACCACGUUUCGGUUUGCCUAUUGGUCGAUUCGUGCGUUUCAUAGCAAGUGUGCACAAGUUUCGCCCUUUAUGACGUCAUUUCUGGUCUGAAAACGGAGAGAUCAGUUUACAUGUCAUUCAACUCAAAACCUGGGACCCAUUUUAUAAAGAGUUAGAACUGUUGUAACUUUGGCAUUAUGGCAACGACCAUGAUAACCUUGAUCUUGAUUGGCUGUUGAGCCCUGUUGUUAUGGUAGUUGCCGCGAUGGCAAAGUUCCAACAGUUAUAACUCUUUAUGAAACGGGCCCCAUGCAAUUAUCACUGUACUUCUCUAUUAACAGUUCAAAGUGAUAAGUACAGACCUCAUUAAACAUGACGGUUAUACUUCGAUCUCACGUGUAGAUCUACUCACUGAUCAUUAUUAUUCGUUGUGAUUAGGAUUCUUUUUUCAGUUACAUAA